CUUGCUCCAUGUACAUGUACCUAACUUCGUGUCGCUAUUGACGACUGCAGCAAACUUCACUUCACUUCGCUUCGCUUCUCUUCUGUCUCUUUCUCACCGCGCACAGCCAUCUCCUCCGCCUGCUUCUUGUGCUGCACUGUAUCACUCGGCAUCCUCGACUUUGCGAACCACCCGGCGACGCGCCCAUCAUGGCCGACGCUCUCCCGGCCAGCUAUGGCCAAAUUAUCGAUGAGAUACUGCGGACCGCCGACCUCAACACCAUAUCUGCCAAACGCAUACGAAAGGAACUCCAGGAACAAGUUGGCUACGAUCUGUCUAGCCAGAAGAAAGCAAUCACCGACCUGAUUAUGAAUCGAUUCGACAAGGCGCAGGAACGACAAAAGCUGGCCGAAACAGCACCAGCCCCGCAAACCAAUGGUCAGCCGAGUCACGACUACGCCGAGUCUUCCCUCUCCCCGACACCUUUCGCGAACAAGCGCAAAGUCGAGAGCGAAGAGUUGAGCGAUGUGGAGGAUUCACCGGCACCCAAGAAGGUCAAGAAGGAAAAGAAGCAGGAGACGGACGAGGAAAUGGCGAGGAGAAUAGCCCAGGAGCUCAAUGCUACCUCGGCGAGGUCAACGCGAGGCGGAGGCGCCAAGCGGAAAGCCAUGGUCACCAAGGCAAAAAAGCCCAAGAAGAAGAGUUCUGCAAAGGUCAACAGCGAUGAUGACAGCGCGUUGGAAAGUGGGGAUAAGCCCGUGAAGGAACGAAAGGGCGGGUUCCAUAAACCCAUGGUCCUGUCAGAGCCUCUGGCGGAAAUGCUGGGCGAGACACAACUUUCGCGACCACAAACCGUCAAACAGAUAUGGGCCUAUGUCAAGUCACGCGACAUGCAGGACCCGAGCGACAAACGGCAAAUCUUGUGCGACGACAAGAUGCGUGCCGUCUUCAAGGCCGACAAGGUGCACAUGUUCACCAUGAACAAACUGCUAGCCAGCCAUCUAUAUCCGGCAGAAGAGAUUGUCCCGGCAUCAUAGAUGUGCUGUUAUUUACCUUGGGUACAAAUGUACUUGUUGAAAAACAAGACUUGGGACGGGACGAGUCUUGGCUACCUACCGUACCUACCUAUUUACGACCAAUCGGUGAACCUUGAGAGAUUUUCAAAAGCCGGCAUGGGAAGCGAGGAGUUACUGAGGUACCUGUACUUGCUGAUGACAUGGGAUGUACUUACUUGCUGGUGCGUUCGAGAAGAUGCUGCGACUGCGAUCAAGGCCGCGCCGCAAUACAGUGGGACGAUAGAAAAAUGAUACACCACUCUCUUGCCCGACUUGGUCAAUCAAUCGACAGUGCCUUCCGAAUCGACCCCCUGCAGUUCCUCGUCAUAGAGGAUCUGAUAUCGGGCCCUCCGAACCUCCGCAUCACC